AACGUGUCCUCUUUCUUUGGAAAUAUGUCGGCUGAAAGUGAGAUCAGAGACAAUGGCCCCGAGGGCAUGGAGCCGGACGGGAUCAUUGAGAGCAACUGGAGUGAGAUCGUGGACAGUUUUGAUGAGAUGGUCCUGCACGAGACUCUGCUCAGGGGAAUUUAUGCCUACGGUUUCGAGAAGCCUUCUGCUAUCCAGCAACGAGCCAUUAUCCCUUGUAUCAAGGGUUACGAUGUGAUCGCUCAGGCCCAGUCUGGCACUGGGAAGACUGCUACCUUUGCCAUUUCUAUCCUCCAGCAGAUCGACGUGGAGCUGAAAGGCACUCAGGCUCUCGUCCUGGCUCCCACCAGGGAGCUGGCUCAGCAGAUCCAGAAGGUGGUCCUGGCCCUGGGCGACUACAUGGGAGCCAGUUGCUACGCCUGCAUCGGAGGAACCAACAUCCGCAGCGAGGUCCAGAAGCUGCAGGCCGAGUCUCCUCACAUCGUGGUGGGAACGCCUGGCCGCGUCUUCGACAUGCUAACGCGCAAAAACCUCUCAUCAAAGCACAUCAGGAUGUUUGUGCUGGACGAGGCUGACGAGAUGCUGAGCAGAGGAUUCAAGGACCAGAUCUACGAGAUCUUCCAGAAGCUGUCCUGCAACACACAGGUCGUCCUCCUGUCGGCCACCAUGCCCGCCGACGUCCUGGAGGUCACCAAGAAGUUCAUGCGCGAGCCGGUCCGGAUCCUGGUGAAGAAGGAGGAGCUGACCCUGGAGGGUAUCCGCCAGUUCUACAUCAACGUGGAGAAAGAGGAGUGGAAGCUGGACACGCUGUGCGACCUGUACGAGACCCUGACCAUCACUCAGGCCGUCAUCUUCAUCAACACCCGGAGGAAAGUGGACUGGCUCACCGAGAAGAUGCACGGAAGGGACUUCACCGUGUCCGCUCUGCACGGGGACAUGGACCAGAAAGAGAGAGACCUGAUCAUGAGGGAGUUCCGUUCCGGCUCCAGUCGAGUCCUCAUCACCACUGACCUGCUGGCCAGAGGUAUUGAUGUCCAGCAGGUGUCUCUAGUCAUCAACUACGACCUGCCGACCAACAGAGAGAACUACAUCCACCGGAUUGGCCGAGGCGGACGUUUCGGCAGAAAGGGCGUGGCCAUCAACAUGGUGACGGACGAGGACAAGAGAACCCUGAGGGACAUUGAGACUUUCUACAACACCACCAUCGAGGAGAUGCCCAUGAACGUGGCCGACCUGAUCUAGAAGCGCCCGGCGUCCGCCCCAGCCCACUUAUUUUAGAAGUCAAAAUCUUGUUUCUUAUAUGCUCCGCAUUCUAAAAACCUUCCUCUGCUAAAUUCCACCACGCCCCCCCUCCCCACGGCACUCUGGACGCAGGGUUUCUGUCUCGGAGGGAAGACGUCCUCAUCUGCCUGCCAUAGUCUUUUGUUUCAUGUCGGCUCUUGAAUUGAAGUUCUGCCAGCGGCUCGCUCCUCUCCAGCACCGCAGCCACAUCUCGGGGGGCUCGCCGAGGGCCCCGCCCCCCCCCCCGCCGGGCGGCCCCCGCGACAUGUGGCUGUGGUCGGCGCGGCGCCCCCCGCUGGCCGCCUGUAGACGGCGGGUUUGGACUGCAGUUCACCUUGGAUUUAAAGAGUGAGGCGGGAGAGCUGCGCCGGACCGCGUCAGUAUUUAACAGCCUCGAGCGCGGCCCGCGCAGCCCUCCCCUCACCGUUCAUGUUCUAGAUGGGGGGGUUCUAGAGACACAGGGCAUAUUCAAUAAAAAGACCUGUACAGUAAACUCCGU